AAAUGAAAUCACACGCGGUAUCCGAGGCAGAAUGUGAGUUUGCAUCGUUAAUAAAAAGUCCUGUAAAAAAAAGGAUAAAACACAGAGGAAACAUUGUGGCGCAAUGUCAGCUAAAACUAAGGAUUUCAUACAAAAGAUUUGUUAUAAACAAACCGCAUCGAUUGACAUGACACAAUACGGGUUUAUAAACGAUAGUAAAAUGGACCCCAUUAAUUUAAUGAUGAAGCCUUUAAAAGCUCAAUUGGAGAAGAUUUGCGUAAAAGUGGCAAAGAAUUCGAAUUCGUCGCCGCCUCACAAUGUUCCAAGUAAACCUAUUUGUAAUAUGCCCAAAUCAGCCCUCAGUAAUCCAAAAACUAAAUACAAGUCUCGUCAUCUAGAAGAAUUUCUGAACGACCCAGGACCCACAGUCAAAAAAAAGAAAGUCACAUUAAUCGUGCCCCCCAAGAAGGCAAAGAAAAAAUAGCUACGAAAUAAUGGAAUCCUCGAUCUAUGAACAAGUCUGAAGUAUAAGUAUUAUUUAAUAAAACAUUUUAUUUAAGA